UAAUUUCCUCAUUACUUUAAUCUCAAAAAAUUCGUUUCCACUCCAUUUCAAAAUUCUCAACCACCGUCAACUAACGCCGUUAUCUUAUUCCAUCCCCCUUCUUCUAUAACUCUCUGCAACACAAGACAAACACCGCCCACUGUCACACAUAAAUUCACACACAGCGAAUUCAAAGGAAGCCGAAAAUUCAGAAUUCUUAUUUUAUCCUGUCAGCGUUAUGGGGAUGGAAGGCAGUGAUGUUCAUAUUGACAAGGAGCCAGACGGUGUUAUCAUAUACUCAAACAGUGUCGCCCAUGAUUCAGAUUACGUAAAUGCUAGCCCUGAAGAUGUGGCACCACUGCCCGAGCGUAUUAAUCUCGACCCGGAGUCUGUUAAUAUAUUGGAUGAGAAUCCUGAACUUCAAGACUGUGAAGUAAAAGAGUGCAAUAACGACAAAUCAGACGAGGUCACACAACUUUCUCGAGUCGAGGCACGUGAGCAAAAUAUACCAAUAUCUGAAGGUCUAAAGGUAAUUGAUGAUAAUAAGAAGAGACAAACUCGUGGUAGAAAAACUGCCAGGUCAGCUGUUGGAAACUGUAAAAUAAAAUGCACUGUUCCUCAGCCAUUUGCUCUGGCAACUGAAAAACGGGCUUCAUAUGGACCUCGUCCUAAUGGGGCUGAGUUCGACAAUGUCACUGCUGGAGGGAAAUCAUCUCAAGUUCGUGUUGUGUCGCAUGCGAAUUCCGCAAAGCAGAAUCCAGCUGUCUCACCUAUUGUCCCAAGGAAGCCACUCCAACCUGAUAACAAGAGGCGCCCUGAUGAAGAUAACUGCUCUGUUGCCUCAUCAACUGCAGCAACAGCUAGAAAAUUCAAAACUACUGUUGCUUCAGCUCCGACUUUUAAGAGCAGUGCACGUGCUGAAAGAAGGAAGGAGUUCUACACAAAAUUAGAGGAGAAACAUCAUGCACUGGAGGCUGAGAAAACUCAAUAUGAGGCAAGAACUAAGGAAGAGAGUGAAGCAGCAAUCAAGCAACUAAGGAAGAGUUUGACGUUUAAGGCAAGCCCAAUGCCAAGCUUCUACAAUGAGGGACCACCACCGAAGAUCGAACUGAAAAAACUACCUCCGACUCGUGCAAAAUCACCGAAGUUGGGUCGAAGAAAGAGCUCCAGCGAUGCAAAAGGUUUCGAUAUUUUCAGAGAUAGUCCUCCUGCUAUGACUUCCACAAACAGGAAAAAUGGAGAGAGUUGCAUGGAUAUUGCUGUUCAUUCUUGAUGAGCUGAUUGUAAGUUAUCCGAUUAAUUGUGGGGAAAAAAAGAGUUUUUAAUUUAUUGAGGGG